UUGGUAUUUGGAGAAACUCCAAAUCAUCUCUACAACUUUCUUUCCUGCAUAGCGAAACACCCACGAGACCACCUCACUCAUCAUGCCGGCCAUGGAUUCCUACACGUCCCUCAUUUCCGCGCCCAUGACGCUGCAACAGCGGAAGAAACUUCUCAAACAACUACAAUCCCCCGACACAAUCUCCAGUCUCCGUCGACCAGAAAUCCUCAUGGACUUCUUCACCGACAGCCUCGACAUGGGCGACUUGGGUCUCGCUGUCCCAGCUCUUCAAGGAAUCUUCCACCUCAUCAUGACCAGCAACCUCGACUACCCUUCUUUCUAUCCUCGUCUUUACGCCCUUCUCGACGGAGACCUCCUCCAUAGCAAAUACCGCUCCCGCGUCCUUCGACAUCUAGAUAUCUUCCUCUCACCAAUGAACCAUCUCCCCGCUGCGACGGUAGCCAGCUUCAUCAAGCGUCUGUCCAGGUUAUGUCUGUUCGCUCCACCGUCCGCAGUCGUCGCCAUCAUCCCAUUCAUCUACAACCUCCUCAAGACGCAUCCUACGACGACAUUCAUGAUCCAUCGCAAUCCUUACCCACCGUACACAAAACCCGGACAACACCUCGGUGUCGACCCGUACAAUCCAGCCGAACCCAAUCCACAACUCACUGGUGCGAUCGACAGUUCGUUAUGGGAACUCGAAACGUGUCAAUCUCAUUACCAUCCCACAGUGGCGAGCAUUGCGCGCAUCAUCUCUGAACAAUUCACGAAACAGCAGUACAAUCUUGAAGAUUUUCUGGAUCAUGGCUAUGCAAGCAUGAUGGAGAGUGAACUCAAGAAGAAAGACAAAAAGCCUCCUGUCCUGGAGUACAAGAUACCAGAGAAGAUUUUCCACACAGACGAGAGAGAUCCAUUGUCGGAAUUGUGGAGUUUCGAAGACUGAUUGAAAUUGAUUUCUGAAGCGUUCUAGCGACUGGCGUUGGUGGGCACCGGGAAAACAACGACCAUGACGACGAUAUGACCAACAUCUAAUUCAACGACACAAAUAUCACCUUCUGACUAAAAUUGCCUUCUAUGCUUCCUCCGAUGAGCCACAUGGACAUCCAAAUCCCUCCUCCUGGCUCUAUCCUGCGCGUUUUCGUCCGCUGUCGAUCUGACCCUUUUGCGCACCUUCUUCUUUCCAGCAACGUCCGCCGUACUGUUCAUCACUUGCGCGAUCAGGUACCCGUUGAUGGUGUUGCCCGAGUUCUCAAGCGCAUAUGUAGGACACUUGCCGUCCUGCUCACCACAUUCUACGG